CAACCCCCAGGUGUCUCACUGCGAACCGGGGAAACUACAGCUCCCAGGUUGCAUCGCGCCGAGGCCCGUAGUCCGCGAAUCAGGCGGCUCGGGUCAGGUGACUUCUGGCCAGCCCCACAGUAUGUCAAGUCGGCCCCGGGAAGCGGGUACAGUCCGAGAAGACUGCCGCGUUCUAUCUGAUGAGUGCCCUGAGCCUAGAGGAUCUCAGUUCAUUGAAAUCAAGGAACAUGAUAAGGAGGUGGCUGGUUAUUUUUAUCCUUUUCCCCCUGCAGCUCAUAGAGAAAUGUGAGUCAACAGUUGACUUCUCUGUACCUCCCAUCGUGAAGCUGGAAAACGGAAGCUCCACCAGCGUCAGCAUCUCCCUCCCGUGCCCUUUAAAUGCAACCUUGGUGAUAACUUUUGAAAUCACAUUUCAUUCAAAAAACGUUACUAUCCUUCAGCUCCCUGAUGAAGUAGUGGUGCCUCCCGGAACAACAAAUACCUCUUUUCGAGUGACAUCUCAAAGUGUUGGACAAGUUACCGCUUAUCUGCAUGGAAAUCACUCCAACCAGACCAGCCCAAGGAUACGCUUCUUGGUGAUCCACAGCAAUGUCGUCAGCAUCAUCAACCAGGUGAUCGGCUGGAUCUACUUUGUGGCCUGGUCAGUCUCCUUCUACCCUCAGGUGAUCACCAACUGGAGGCGGAAAAGUGUCGUGGGUCUGAGCUUUGACUUUGUGGCCCUCAACCUGAUGGGGUUCGUGGCCUACAGCGUGUUCAACAUCAGCCUCUUCUGGGUAUCCUCCAUCAAGGAGCAGUUUCUUCUCAAAUACCCCAACGGCGUGAACCCCGUGGACAGUAAUGACGUCUUCUUCAGCCUGCACGCGGUCGCCCUCACCCUGGUCGUCAUAGCGCAAUGCCUCCUGUAUGAGCGAGGCACCCAGCGUGUGUCCUGGCCAGCCAUCAGCUUCCUGGUCCUCUCUUGGCUCUUCACGCUCAUCGCCCUCAUCAUGGCUGCAGUCGGGGCAACCACCUGGCUGCAGUUUCUCUUCUGCUUCUCCUACAUCAAGCUGGCAGUGACGCUGGUCAAGUAUUUUCCACAGGCCUACAUGAACUUUCACUACAAAAGCACUGAGGGCUGGAGCAUUGGCAACGUGCUUCUGGACUUCACUGGGGGCAGCUUCAGCCUCCUCCAGAUGUUCCUGCAGUCCUACAACAACGACCAGUGGACACUGAUCUUCAGAGACCCAACCAAAUUUGGCCUCGGCAUCUUCUCCAUCAUCUUCGAUGUUGUCUUCUUCAUCCAGCACUUCUGCUUGUACAGAAAGAAACCAGGGCUUCAGGCAGCACACAGGGCUUCUGGCAGCCGUCCCAGGCAGGACUGAGCACUGAGCUUGGAGCUGAAGGCCUUGCCCCACCACCCAAGCAACCAGUGUUUCUGGGAGCGGCUUGAAGGACUGACCUGGCAGCUGGGAGAGUCAAGGGAGCCUUGCUGCCACUGCUGUGUUCAGAGACAGAGCAGCCAGUGUUGUGCCCGAUAGACCCGGAGAUGCUGGUGUUGGUGGCAGAGGGGCUAGGACUUUGGGGUUAGGCCUUGGGGCGCCUCCUCUGAAGGCUGCGUUCUCUGAGCACUCCCUGUGCGGACACUCAUCCUACAUCCAGGUGGCCCCAGCCAGGCUCUUGUAAAGAACCAGUAUUUCCAAACCUUGAGGUGGCCAACAGGUUGGUUCGGAACCGAGCUCACAUCCAGCUCUCUCCGGAUCUUUAUCACACUAAUGAGCCAUUUGGAAUUUUUCAGAGGGAUGCUUUGGAAGUGACUGGCUUACUUUCUUCUGCCUCUGCCUACCUCCACUUUCCCAUAUUCGGGCCCCACACGCGCUCCUUACCGAGUUUGGAAGACAGGACACACACAUACACACAUAGACACACACCAGUCUGUGCCUUAGAGGCAUGUGAGACCUGCCAAGUGGUGAGAGCAGCACUUUCCCAGACUCUGACCUGAGACUCACCAACUUGUGGCUGUUCCAGAGCCUCAAAGGACUUGAGACCACCUCACACACUCCUUGUGGGCCCCGCCUGACCCCAGAGCCCCUCCCUUCCCACCCCAAGCAGUCGUCCUGCCUGUGGCAGGAGGGGAGGUGGAUGUGCCUUGUCCAUGCCUCGAGCUUGUCGAUCCGUGAGAUGAACGAGGGGCUUCUGUCCUCAAUUAAACCUGGUUCGUUUCCUCUCUGCA